AUGACGUCGACAGCUAUUGUUUUGGUGGGAGUUGUGCUGGGUUUGGUUUCCUCAGGCUGGGCUUACGAGUUCCACGUCGGUGGAAGCCAUGGAUGGGUGGAACACCAUCACGAGAAAUACAACAGCUGGGCCGAGAGGAAUCGGUUCCAAGUCAAUGACACGCUCCUGUUCAAGUACAAUCCAGGGAAAGACUCUGUUUUGGUGGUGACGGAGACUGCCUACAAGUCAUGCAACGUGACCAGCCCCAUCCAAAGCUACACCGAUGGCAACACCAUCUUCAAGUUUAACCACUCCGGCCCCUUCUACUUCAUCAGCGGCGCCGCCGGCCACUGCAAUCGUGGCCAGAGGCUCAUCGUGGUCGUGUUGGCUCUCAGACACCACAAGUCCCAUCGGCUACCCCCACCGGCGGUGGCGCCGACCCCGUCGACACAUGGAAGUCCACCGCCAUCCUCCUCUGCAUCGGGUUCGGCCGUUUCGAGAGUGUACCUCGGAGUGAUGGUGGCCAUGGCGCUGGGACGUGCGCUUCUAAUUUGACUCGGCGGAUGAAAUCUGCCGAUCCUCUUUGUCUUGUUGCUCUGCCUAUUGUUGGUUGUAAUCUGAACCACCCCCCAGCCAGAAUUAUUAACUUGAUUGA